AACAAGAUUACAACACAUCAGAACUAAAAAAAGAAAUUCAGUUCUCUAAGUACUUAAAUUGCAAAGAGAAGUUGUUUGAAGAAAGUUCAAUAAACAGACAAAAAUGAACUCUUGGAUUUGCCUUUUCAUCCUAUUGGCAAUUUGCCUUUUUCCUCUUGUCGUUGAAUGCAGGGUUCGACAUUACAAGUUCAAUGUGGUAAUGACGAAUACAACUCGGCUUUGUGCAUCGAAGCCCAUUGCUACUGUGAAUGGGAAAUUUCCAGGACCUACAAUCUAUGCUAGGGAAGGAGACAAUGUACUUGUCAAAGUUGUUAAUCAUGUUAAGUAUAAUGUCUCUAUCCAUUGGCAUGGUAUUAGACAACUUAGAACAGGUUGGGCAGAUGGACCAGCGUAUAUUGCACAAUGUCCAAUUCAGCCAGGGCAACACUAUAUGUACAACUUCACCAUCACAGGCCAAAGGGGUACACUAUUUUGGCAUGCUCAUAUUUUGUGGCUAAGGGCCACUGUUCAUGGUGCAAUUGUCAUCUUGCCUAAACUUGGAGUUCCUUAUCCAUUCCCAAAACCCAACCAUGAAGCUGUUGUUGUCCUAGCUGAAUGGUGGAAAUCUGAUACUGAAGCCGUGAUUAAUGAAGCUCUAAAAUCAGGAUUGGCCCCUAAUGUUUCUGAUACUCACACUAUUAAUGGUCAUCCCGGACCUGUUUCAAAUUGUUCAUCACAAGGUGGAUACAAGUUGAAUGUUGAACCAGGAAAAACCUACAUGUUACGAGUCAUCAAUGCUGCACUCAACGAAGAAGUCUUCUUCAAGAUUGCCGGCCACAUAAUGACAGUAGUUGAAGUCGAUGCCACCUACGUUAAACCCUUCAAAACAGACACAAUUGUAAUCGCCCCUGGCCAAACGACCAACGUACUUAUCAAUGCCAAUAAAAAUUCUGGCAAGUACAUGGUUGCUGCUUCACCUUUUAUGGAUGCACCUAUUGCUGUUGACAAUGUUACAGCAAUAGCCACUUUACAUUACCCUGCCACACUUGGUGGAAAUAACCCCACUACUACACUUACUAGUACAAGUACACCCCCAAAAAAUGCCACCCCUGUAGCCAACAAUUUUCUUGAUUCUCUAAGAAGCCUGAAUUCCCAAAAAUACCCUGCUAAAGUUCCACUAAAUAUUGAUCAUUCCUUGUUAUUUACAGUAGGUCUAGGUGUUAACCCAUGCCCAACUUGCAAACAAGGCAAUGGAAGCAGAGUUGUGGCUAGUAUAAACAAUGUUACAUUUACUAUGCCAACAACUGCACUUUUACAAGCACAUUAUUUUGGAAUCAAAGGAGUUUUCACGACAGAUUUUCCAGCGAACCCACCGGUUGUUUUCAACUACACUAGCACAACAGUACCACCGGCGAAUAUGGGCACGACGAAUGGGACUAAGGUUUAUAGGUUGCCUUAUAAUGCAACAGUUCAAUUAGUUUUGCAAGAUACUGGACUUAUAGCCCCUGAAAACCAUCCACUUCAUUUGCAUGGGUUCAAUUUCUAUCAAGUGGGAAAAGGACUAGGCAAUUAUAAUUCAAAAACUGAUCCUAAGAAUUUUAAUCUUGUGGAUCCUGUUGAGAGGAAUACAGUUGGUGUUCCAGCUGGAGGAUGGGUUGCUAUAAGAUUCCGUGCUGACAAUCCAGGAGUUUGGUUUAUGCAUUGCCAUCUAGAGGUACACACAACAUGGGGAUUGAAAAUGGCAUUCCUUGUAGAUAAUGGCAAAGGUCCAAAUGAGUCACUUUUACCACCUCCAAAGGAUCUUCCAAAAUGCUAAAAAUGCAUGAAGGCCCUUUUGAAAGGAGUUAAAUUGACAUAUACGAAUUUUCAUACUACCAUGAGAAACAAAGAAGAAAGGAGAGACAAUAAGAAAUAGCAUUCAUGUUUUGAGUGAAAGAGGAAGACACUUUUUUCGAUCAAGCAAUUCUUAAUAAUUAUGUGAAUAUGCGAGUAUUCUUCAAUGUACUCAUUCUUUUGUCAUUGUUAAUGAAAGUUUGAAAAGUUUGUUUUGUGUUA